AUGAAUUAUCUCUUUUUUGCUAGUUACUUCCUGCUGCCUAUCAUCAGCGGAGCCCUAUCCACCACCGAGGAUCCUCUCAGCUAUCGGAACAUUGCCGGAGGCUAUGUCACUCCCAAAUCAAAGAAUACUACUACCCUUCUGGAGUUCAUCAAUUCUCGUUCCGAUCUGAGUGUUCUUGCAGAGGAGCUGCAGAACAUCGGUGGGUUUCCAACGGCUUUCGACACGGAACCAACCUGGAGCUUUACCUUCUUUGCGCCUAACAACGAUGCCUUCGAGCUUCAUACCGGCACAUACUUCAACAAAUUCAAGUCCACUCCGAAGGGCAAAUGGUGGCUGGGCAACACGCUACUCUCCCAUUACGUGCCAAAUACCAAUCUCAAUUCUAGUAGCUUCAACGAGACCUACCAAAGGUUUCAGACUGCAAGUUACCUCUAUGUCGGUUCGCAGGUUCAAGACGGCGAAAUCAUCCUGAACAACGUGGCCACCGUGGUGGAAAAGGAUAUCUCGAUUACCAAGGGAGCCAUUCACAUCAUUGAUCGUAUUCUCGAUCCCUCUGCCCAAAUCUUCGAAACAGACCUGCCGAAGGUGUCUCAGAGUUUCAUUCCUGGAAGCUGUUCGAACCAGGAGCUGUCAUAUUGCUGA